UCUCAGCGCCGUGUUACGUUUCACCUCCCUGAUGGUUCGCAGGAAAGCUGCAGUGACAGUGGCCUAGGAGAUCAUGAGCCUGUGGGUAGUGGAAUGCUGGUCUCACACCCUCUCCCUCUGGUUCAGCCGCAGGACGAAUUCUACGAUCAGGCUUCCCCGGACAAGAGGACCGAAGCAGAUGGCAACUCAGAUCCCAACUCUGAUGGACCUCUUGGCCCGCGAGGACUGGCGGAAGCUACAGAAAUGUGCACCCAAGAAUGUCUUGUCCUGGGCCAUUCAGACAACUGUUGGAUGCCUCCCACCUUGGGUUCAUACCAGCAGCCCAAGUCUCCACUCUCCACCUUUGCACCUCAGAAGGAAUGGGUUAAGAAGGACAAACUGGUGAACGGACAUACGUUGACGAGGACCUGGAAAGAAGAUAGCAACAGAAACCAGUUCAGUGACCGAAAGCAAUUUGGCUCCGGGGAAGGGCAUUUCAACCCUGGCAAUCACAUGACAGACAUUCCUUUGGCUAACUUGAAGUCCUAUAAACAUGCAACAGGAGCCAUGGAGAGUCCAAAGGAAAACCAGCUAUAAGGAACGGUUUCUUUGGAACAGGGACUUUAGCCUAGUUAGACUUGCUAAUACUGUGUGUGUGUGUGUCAGAGCUUUAUGUACUGGGUAGACCUCUAGAACUAUGCGUCACAUAGCUGAAAUAUGCAUAACUGUGGGAUAGCUCCAUUGAACUACAAUACAACAGCAUUUCUACUAGUUGUGUGGUUUUGUUACAUAGACAUAAUCAAACUCUUACAGAGAUUCUCUCCAGUUGGCAAAUAUCCUGGUUUUUCUUUUUCAAUUUAUUGGGGAUAAGGGGUGGGGCUGUUAAUUAGCUUUUUUUAAAAAUAUAUUUUUUAUUUUUACCCUGGACUGCUGCUGUAAACAGUAGAAAAAGUAUAUUGGAGGAAUGAGAGAAAGACAAAACGUGUGUGUGUGAGAGAGAGAGAGAGAGAAUGAGAGAGAGAGAGAGAGAGAGA